UACUUUCCAUAACACUGCCUUGUCACUUUGACUCAGCCACUGGGUGCUCAAGUCUGGAUUCUACUCUCUGAAAAGCUGCUAAAGUUCAGGGCAACAGCAAAGCAGUGAUCAAGACACAAAGAGCUCAAUAGUCCCCUCUUCUGGUGAAACUGAAAACAACUUGGAUUUUUUUGUUUUGUUUUGUUUUAUUCUUAUCGUAUGAAGGCCAUUUAAUUACCCUGCGUGUUGAAGGACUUCAGAUGUUUCCAUGCUGCCAGCCAAACUCAAUUAUAAUGACUUUAUAGCCAUUAAAGUCAAUUAAAGCGGCGUUGAGUAUGGAGGCUUCAAGUUCUGCUCAUGUUGGGACUCCCCCUGUUACACUCACGAUGCACCCCUCCUCUACUCCACCCUCCUCUUAUGGUUAUCUUCAGUUCUUCUGGCAGUACCAGGACAAUUCAGUCAUUGUGGAGCAUUACAACUACACAGGGAAGCUGCAGGGAGACCGCUACCGUGACGGCCUCCGACCCGAGGGCAUUGCCUUCCUCGUGGUGUGCCUGCUCAUCGUCCUGGAGAACGCUGUGGUUCUUCUCGCUAUCUGGAGGAACAAAAAGUUCCACUUGCCCAUGUAUUAUCUCCUGGGAAACCUGACUCUGUCUGAUCUCCUGGCUGGGAUUACCUACAUGGCAAACAUCAUCAUGUCCGGGCCGAAGACUUUGCAGCUGACACCACUGCUGUGGUUCCUCCGAGAGGGAGGAGUGUUCAUCACGCUGGCUGCCUCCAUCAUCAGUCUCCUUGCGAUCGCCAUCGAACGGCAUGUAACGAUGGUGACUAUGAGGCCAUACCACAGUGCAAAGCGGGGACGGAUGUUGGGGCUAAUUUGUGCAAGUUGGGCCAUCGCUGGCUUCUUGGGCAUCCUCCCAAUCCUGGGAUGGAACUGCAUCCACAGACUGGACCAGUGCUCCACUGUGCUUCCGCUUUACGCCAAGAGCUACAUCCUGUGCUGCGUAUCUGUGUUCUGCGCCGUUCUCCUCGCCAUUGUGGUCCUUUACGCUCGGGUUUUCCGCAUCGUCCGCACCAAUACACAACGCCAGCGGCUAGGCUUGUCCAGCAGCAUGAGAAAAGGCUUAGCGAGGAAAUCCCAGAAGUACAUCGCCCUCCUUAAGACGGUCACCAUUGUGCUGGGUGUCUUCAUAGCUUGUUGGCUCCCCCUCUUUCUCCUCCUACUUCUGGAUUUUUUCUGCCCGACACGCAGCUGUCGCCUCCUCUACAAGGCUGACUACUUCCUAGGGGUGGCCAUGGUCAACUCGCUCCUCAACCCCAUCAUCUACACCCUGACCAGCAAGGACAUGAGGAGAGCCAUUCUCAGGCUGCUCUGUCGCCCAUGCCUCAUGACCAGAGACGGCCAGGUGAAGAAGAUCGGCAUGCCAUUCCUGGAGUGCAGCUUCAGCAAGACAGAGGUGGCCUCUCAGAAGUUGGAGGGGGGGAUAGAGACGACAAUCUCUUCCGGGAAUGUUGUCACAACGCCAUCUCCUAUCAAGGCCCUCUAUCCUAAACUCUUUAAGCCCUAAGGACUGUCGGGUUGGGUCACACUUAACAAAAGGACAUGUAGCACACCUCUUGUAGGACAACUGCCUCCUUUCCACUGCAUGGGACCAACUCUCUGUUUUCAUUAGCAAAAACAUUUCCAGUACCUAAACUAAUGCUAUGAUACACAGCUAGAAGCAAAUGCAGCUUAGCCUGUUGCUGUGUCUUAGAUGUGGACGUUGCAGUGUUAUACUCCAUAGUUUCCACUUUGCUGCCUUCAGUCUCCUCUUGGAUAAAACAUGCUCCUUCCUGUGAUGCUGAGAGAUACAUGCAGGAGAACCCCGUUUUCCGACACUGUUGUUACCUUGGCUGUUUCUGACUGAUGCCUUCAAGGUGGCAUGGGUUUUUGCAGUUUGCUGCUGUGCAGUGGAUAAGGGUCAAUAUGGACUAAAACCAGGAACAAAACAAUCAUGGUGGAUGAAAACUAAACAACAUCCACCAUACAAAGCUACAGUUAGCUUUUAAAGAAAGGUUUCUCAAAGCCAUGAGCGGUUAAUUUAGAGACAACGGUAUAAAGGCUCCUCAUCAAAUGUGAACAAGCCAACGCUUAUCAACUGAUUUGCACUGAAAUGUCACAGACAACUAAUACAUUGGCUUGCACUCCUGUGGUUCUGUGGUUUGUACCCAAGCCUGCAAGGCCACUUUGGUUAAAAACAAAUGGCCGAUAAGUGUAAAUACCACAUUCACUCUCUCUUUGGUUGGCCUUCUUCAACCCUUUGUGUGGUUUCUUGAAAAAAAGAAUAUAUACACACUUCUUUGAGCUGUACAUCUGUAAACACAUGGAUUUCGCUGGAUCGAAGGCCCGAGAUGUGAUGUAUAGUGUACUUAUACUGUGGCGGAAAUGCAGGGGGGGAAUUCAACAGGAAAGAGCUGUGAUACGUACAGCAGGGAGGCAGAUGCAAAAUCAAAGUUUUAAAAUGACAGUUAUGUUGUGUGACCAGUGGAAAAUGUGUUGCUGUUAAAUGUCAGCCUGGCUGCAAAGCACAGCAACAAGAAGCAUUGUCAUUGGAUUCAAAGAUUUUCUAUUAUCCCGCCUUUGAUAUCACUUUUGUACAAAUGUUUUUGUCCUCUUCCAGGACAUUUUUUUUGUUCUGUAAAUCAUUUUGGGAAUGUUACUCUUAAAACAUCUGUAUAGUAAAUUAUAUACAUUUUGUAACAGUGUCUGUAAUUUUAACCUUGGUUUUUUUUUAUAAAGGACAAAAAAUGUU